GCGGUGAGCCUCCCACUCCAUCACUAUAACAACCACGGGGGGGCGGCGCCUGACGCGUCACGCUCCUUCAACAAGUAGUCGCUGCUCGGUGCUUCUCAGGUCGGAACAGAACGCGAGUCCUCACGAUUCGGUUGUUCGUUGUUUCACCGCUAAAGCGGCAAAGAAGAGAAGUGUACGGUCGAGGAGCAGCAGCAUCAGGAUCCACCCGCCCAGGAGAUUAGUGUCGCUGAUCUGCUCGACUGUCCUACGAAGGGGGCUGAGGAAAGCACGACAGCGACCUGUGAGGCAGGGAUCCCUGCGACGCGGUCUCAUAAGGACCCUAGCGACACCCCGGGGGGCCGAGGUAGUGAACCAGCAGCGCCUUCCCUCCGCGUCUUCCCACCCGGCGCAUGGACAUGGCGAGGGAGAACGGAGAGUCAGGGGGCGAUGGGUCGUGGAAGAAGCACGUUGACGACAUCAAGAAUAUCUUCGACUUCAAGGAAGUCCUCGGGACGGGGGCCUUCUCCGAGGUGGUGAUGGCGAGGGAGAGGGCCACGUCCAAGAUGGUGGCCAUCAAGUGCAUCCCCAAGAAGGCGCUGAAGGGGAAGGAGACCAGCAUCGAGAACGAGAUCGCCGUGCUCAGGAAGAUCAAGCAUGAGAACAUCGUUGCCCUGGAGGACAUCUACGAGAGCCACAACCACCUGUACCUCAUCAUGCAGCUGGUGUCUGGCGGCGAGCUGUUCGACCGCAUCGUGGAGAAGGGCUUCUACACGGAGAUGGACGCUAGCCGGCUGAUCCGCCAGGUCCUCGACGCCGUCAACUACCUCCACUCCAUGGGCAUCGUGCACCGCGACCUCAAGCCGGAGAACCUGCUGUACUUCAACCCCCUGGACGACUCCAAGAUCAUGAUCAGCGACUUCGGCCUGUCCAAGAUGGAGGGCACAGGGGACGUGAUGGCCACGGCCUGCGGGACCCCUGGAUACGUCGCCCCUGAGGUGUUGGCUCAGAAGCCCUACAGCAAGGCGGUGGACUGCUGGUCCAUCGGAGUCAUCGCCUACAUCCUACUGUGUGGCUACCCCCCCUUCUACGAUGAAAAUGACUCUAAGCUCUUUGAGCAGAUCCUCAAAGCAGACUACGAGUUUGAUGCCCCGUAUUGGGACGACAUAUCAGACUCAGCUAAAGACUUCAUCAGCAACCUGAUGGAGAAGGACCCAGAGAAACGCUUUACGUGUGACCAGUCGCUCGAGCACCCCUGGAUCGCCGGAGACACUGCGCUCUGCAAGAACAUCCACGAGUCCGUCAGCCGACAGAUGCGCAAGAACUUUGCCAAAAGCAAAUGGAGGCAAGCGUUCAACGCCACGGCGGUGAUCCGUCACAUGCGCCGCCUCCAGCUCGGCAGCAGCUUCAACAGCAGCAUGGACGCCGGCCACGCCCCCGGCGGGCACAACCGCCCCCCCACCAAGAGCCAGUCCGUGGACUGCGACCCAUGCCCUCCCACGGCCCCCCUGGCCCCCCCGGCCGGCGGCCCGGAGCCCAAGGUGCCCCCCACGGUGCGGGAGGAGCCCGGCGGCGUGGCGGAGGAGGGGGAGGUGACGGAGGCGGCGGAGGGGGUGCGGGCGCGGCCCUCCUCCGUCACCGUCAUCAGCACCGGGACUAAAUGACGCCAGGUGCCGCGGGAGGUUAGCUGGGAGACCACCGAGCUCUGAGACGGAGAGGAGGAGAGGGGGACGGAGGGUCCCCAGCCGUCGCCGUGGUUACCCUGAUCUCCCGCAGCCUCCCAUCCUCCACCACUUGUCGCUGUCGCCGCACACCACCUACAACCCCACCCACACCACCGCCCACACCGCCGCCGCCGCCACCUGACGCUGCUGCACGACGUCGGGGGGGGGGGGGGGAGGAAGAGGUCGAGAGACGGCGUUGGCUCGGCUACUGUUGUCACGGCAACAGCAUUUCCUCCCACCCGGCGCAUCCACCGCUGGAACCUGGAGGUUUGAGAAAGCGUUAGUGAAGGCGAGGGGCGAGGAUAUUACAGAGGAGGGGCGGUCCACUCAACCAGAGGGAGGGGGGCAGUGUUGAAGACCCCCCCCCCCCAUCCCCGUGGACUGGGCGUGGUCCAGGCUGCAGGGUGGGGGCGGGGUUUAACCAGACUGCUCUGAGUGGCAGCGCAGAGCCCCGCCCUUGUGUGACUCCGCCUUGUUGUGAUUCUCAUCAUGCCUGCACUUGUGGAGUGACGUCAUGUGACGCUAGAAGGAGCCGGGCGCUCCGAUGGAACGUGGCUCUGUUGUUGUGUGUUUCUCCUGAGUCUCAAGCGUUUGUAUUUAUUCGCCGUGGUCAGAGCUGCUUGGUUUCUGGGCUUGUGAUUACCGACAGUAUGGUGUGUUGUUUAUUCCCUCUUCGCUGUGUGUGUGUGUGUGUGUGUGUGUGUGUGUGUGUGUGUGUGUGUGUGUGUGUGUGUGUGUGUGUGUGUGUGUGUGUGUGUGUGUGUGUGUGUGUGUUGAUGGUAUUACUUGCAAUGUUGAUUUAGCAAAAGAAGACAUUUCCUUAUUUAUUUUCUUACAAUGUAUUAGGACUUUUGUAAGAAUAUAUAACAAACAGAUAUGUGUUGUAGAAUUACUCCGACUUAAAGAUGUUUCAAGAAAUGGCAAUGAUAAUGUAUGUAAUCGACGUUACUUAACUAUUAUGUGUUUUAUUGGAGGAUUUUGAUUGACUGGUAAGAGUUGCCGUGUGGUUCCUUCUGUUGACCACAGGAGGGCGACCGUGCACACUAGCUUCGUGACUCUCAGGGAACUGUUUAAACAGCGUUUCAAACUAAUCAGACCACAUCCUAACGGCCUGAUCUGGGUCUGUGGUUGGUGUGGGUGAAACCCUCUUUCUAGUCUUCUAUUAUUCUAACGUGCCACUGGAAUAUUUUUGCUGAAUUAUCUUUUUAAAAAGAUCAUUAUUAUUAUUAUUAGCAGUUGAGUAAUUUUACACUCGUCUGAAUAUUUCCCACAAGGUCCAGCUGCACAUAUUUGACAUGUUGCAGGAGGAAAAGGAAAAUUCUGCCGGCUCGCUUUAGAUAUACAUAUACAAUAUAUAUAGUCUGCAUUAGAAGUCGUGUCCAGUUGCUGCAGUAUUGCUUGAGACUAUGGGGUUGGGAGUGAGGGGGGGAGGUACCAGUGAUUAGUGACCUCCUCAUAAACGUCUUUAGACACUGUGCUUUCAUACAGACGCUCUGAAUUUAGCAGCCCCAUGCUGCCUUUUUUCUCCCUCCUUCUCCCUUUUGCUCCAGCUUUCUUUCUCCCUCUUAUCCCACUUUCUCUCUCUUCCUCCCUCCUUCUCUCUUUCUCCCUCCUAUCCCUCCUUCUCUCUCUUCCUCCCUCCUUCUCUCUCUUCCUCCCUCCUAUCCCUCUUUCUCUCUCUUCCUCUCUCUUCCUCCAUCUCUAAUCUCUGUCCCUCUAGCUGGUCACCAGAGAAGGGGAGGACUUGUGUUGGUGUAACAGGAAGUGUGUGUGCAUGACCGGUCUCCUGGAACAGGCAGGGGCUCCACCUCCCUGAUGACCUCACUUCCUGUCGGCCCUGUGGACACUGGCAGAGAGGAACCACUAUGACCCCUGUAAAUAGAACCCUCCCCAUGUUUGCUUUGGUUUAUUUGGUUUUGGGUGUAUAUUGUGUUCCUUGCACUUUCUCUGAAAGAAUGCCACAAGUGAGGCAAAAAAAACAACAAUAAAUAUGUAUUCAACUUG